AUGGAGCCAGGCUGUCUCGAUGAAGUGGUUUCGUUUUCGGAGCCAUCAUUGUCUGGUUUAUCAGUUCACUCCAAGAAUCCGUUUCUUCCAAGUGUUUGCUUCAACACAUCCAGUGACUGGGAAGAACUCGUCUCACCCUAUCUGUAUGUUGCCCUAAAGAAUGUCUUUUAUUCUUUCUGUGUUUUCCAAACCAAAUGGACACUUUCAUUUGUGGAUUAA